CCGAGAGGGAGACUUGGAAGCUUUCUCCUUCAUUGUCACCCCCCCCCCCCCGGGGACGACAUUCUCGUUGUGUGUCUUCGUGCUAAUAAGGCGAGAGGGGAGGGAGGGAAGGGAGGAGGAGGAGGAAGGAGUCGCUGCAGCCCUUGCGGCAGCAGCGAUGUUCCUGUCAGCGCUGCUCCGCAUGAGCCUCCCCGGCGGCCGCCAGUGGGCCGGCAAGCACCGCCGCCCUCUGCGCGUGUCCCACAACAGCCUGCUGAAGCUGCGGCAGCGGCUGGAGGCGGAGGCGGAGAACGAGUACUGGCUGAGCCGCGCGUGGAUGAGCCGCGAGCAGGAGAGCGGGCACAUGGUGGAGUUUCGAGCCAACGAGUUCCGCACUCUCACGCGGGAGAAGAUGGUGGCGCGCUUCCCGCCGCACCGCUUCGUGAACGAUCACCUGCAGCAGCUGAACGUCAGCAGGCGCUGGUGACCGCGGCGACGAGUGGCGAUGGUGGCCACCGAGGCCCCAGCGGCGUACUGCGCGGGCGGGCGGGUGGGUGGGCGUCGUGUGUUUGGGCGACGUGUCGCUGGGCAGCGAGCGAUUCAUCAGUCAGUGGCUGGGGCAACCGCCUGCUGGUAGGACAACACACAGCGCUGGACGGCGCACCGUGAGCGGAUGGCUGGACAGCUCAUUAUCGGCUCAUCGUGCUCGUCAAGAUCGGCUCGUUAUCGGGACGGCGUGUUGCUGGGUGGCGCUUUUGUGGGCACCGCACCUCGCCGUCCGGCAUCGUGACGGCGGUUGGUGAGGGUGGCGAGGAGAGCUAGGUGUUGUGGUGCUGGUGGCGUGAGGCUAAUUACCGAGCGUGUGCAUUUGGGAUGUAACGAUUAACAAUGAAAAUCCAUUCUUACGCUCGUGAUCCAUGCAUCAGAUUGUGUGUCCGAGGACCAAUUUAUUUUUCCUUCAUAUUCAUUGAUGCCACUUUAAAGUAUAUUAAUUCGUCUCACUGGAGACUAAAAAAACUACAAGGAGAAAAAUUGAUUGCGACUCCAAAUCAUGACUUUGAAAAUUCAUCAAAUUGUUGACCAAGUCAAUCGUUACAUCCUUAGUGCGUGUAUACGCGUGUACAGUUGUUAGGUCGUGUUGGGCUCUGAGGAUAUAUUGUGCUUAGAUCCCAUGCACCAUUCUAAUCUUGAAGCAGAUGUCAUGUAUUUGCCGAUUUACAACAUUGUAAGAAGCGCUGAAUAAAGGCUUUUGAUGUUGAUCUAA